CCUCUCUCCCCAUCCCCGCUCCUGUGUGCCUCUAGCCAGCAGGCUGCGCACCCUCGGGUGGUCCACACCCCUGCUUUCCGAGGGCAAUAGGCACUCCGUGCUCCCCUCCUUCAGCUCCACCUCACCGCCCGCCUGGCCUCUCGCUCUCCGGCGGCGUCCUGCUCCCAUCCCAAGUGGGUUGCGCGUCGGGCGGCCGCCUGGUCAUGUCAGGAUGGAGAUCCGGCAGCACGAGUGGCUCUCGGCCUCCCCCCACGAGGGCUUUGAGCAGAUGAGGUUGAAAAGCCGCCCCAAGGAGCCCUCGCCCAGCCUGACCCGAGUGGGAGCGAACUUCUACAGCAGUGUCAAGCAGCAGGAUUACAGCGCCAGCGUCUGGCUCCGGAGGAAAGAUAAGCUGGAACAUUCACAGCAGAAGUGCAUCGUGAUUUUCGCUCUGGUCUGCUGCUUUGCCGUUCUCGUCGCACUGAUCUUUUCAGCUGUGGACAUCAUGGGAGAGGAUGAGGAUGGACUCUCAGAGAAAAAUUGUCAAAAUAAAUGUCGAAUCGCUCUUGUGGAAAACAUUCCUGAAGGCCUUAACUACUCUGAAGACGCCCCAUUUCACUUACCGCUUUUCCAAGGCUGGAUGAACUUACUCAACAUGGCCAAAAAGUCUGUUGACAUAGUGUCUUCCCAUUGGGACCUUAACCACACCCACCCAUCAGCCUGUCAGGGUCAACGUCUCUUUGAGAAAUUGCUCCAACUGACGUCACAAAAUAUCGAAAUCAAGCUGGUGAGCGAUGUGACUGCUGAUUCAAAGGUAUUAGAAGCCUUGAAGUUAAAGGGAGCAGAAGUGACAUACAUGAACAUGACUGCCUACAACAAGGGCCGGCUGCAGUCGUCCUUCUGGAUAGUGGACAAACAGCACGUGUACAUCGGCAGCGCCGGCUUGGACUGGCGCUCUCUCGGACAGAUGAAAGAACUCGGUGUCAUCUUCUACAACUGCAGCUGCCUGGUCCUAGAUUUACAAAGGAUAUUCGCUUUAUAUAGCUCAUUAAAAUUCAAGAGCAGAGUCCCUCAGACCUGGUCCAAGAGGCUCUAUGGCGUCUACGACAAUGAGAAGAAACUUCAGCUCCAAUUGAAUGAGACCAAGUCGCAAGCCUUUGUGUCGAAUUCUCCCAAACUCUUUUGCCCUAAGAAUAGAAGCUUUGACAUCGAUGCCAUCUACAGCGUGAUUGAUGAUGCCAAACAGUAUGUGUACAUUGCUGUUACCGACUACCUGCCUAUCUCCAGUACCAGCACAAAAAGGACAUACUGGCCAGAUUUGGAUGGGAAAAUAAGAGAAGCCUUAGUCUUACGAAGCGUUAAAGUCCGGCUGCUCAUAAGCUUCUGGAAAGAGACGGACCCCCUCACGUUUAACUUCAUCUCAUCUCUUAAAGCUAUUUGCACUGAGAUAGCCAACUGCAGCUUGAAAGUUAAAUUUUUUGAUCUGGAAAGAGAGAAUGCUUGUGCAACAAAAGAACAAAAGAACCAGACCUUUCCCAAAUUAAACCGCAACAAGUACAUGGUGACAGAUGGAGCAGCUUACAUUGGAAACUUCGAUUGGGUAGGAAAUGACUUUACCCAGAAUGCUGGCACGGGCCUUGUCAUCAACCAGGCAGAUGUGAGAGACAACAGGAGCAUCAUUAAGCAACUUAAAGACGUGUUUGAGAGAGACUGGUAUUCGCCUUAUGCCAAAUCCAUACAGCCAACCAAACAGCCGAACUGUUCAAGCCUAUCCAAACUCCAGCCUCCCUCCAACCAACCUGCCACUUACAAUGUCACCGGGAGGGAGCCACUGAGUGUGUAGCUCGCUGACACACAAGCAGGGCAUCAGACCUGACGCAGGAAAGACCAGAGGAAAGACAACAAUUUACUACAUUUUUUUUAAAAGGGGGGAAAUUUAAAAAAAAAAAGCACACUUAUUUAAAACGUUCUCUGGAUGACAUGUAAUAUGUAGCUAACAGCUAACACCAUCUUAGUACCAUAUGUUAAAUUUAAGACCUUUGUAUCCAUGAGCUCUGACAGAGAAUGUCAUUCUGCCGUAGAGGUUGGUUUUUAACAGCUGCAAACAGAUUUGAUGACUCGGUUCUUGUCUCCUGUUUCUUACUGAUUUUAGAACUGGCUUCACCCGCACUGGUUUUAGGAAGCCUAGCAUGAGUUGAGCCCUUUCCUUUAAUAUUGCUGAGUUCUGGAGUUAGAGGAAGGUGGAAAAAAACACACAAACAGAACCAAGCAUCUGCCCUGAUAAAUCGUCUCCAACACCUAUCCAGGUGGCCA